GGAGAUUGAGUUGAAAGUCUGAAAAUGCGGCCAUGGACUGGUUCCUGGCGUUGGAUUAUGCUCAUUCUUUUUGCAUGGGGGACCUUGUUAUUUUAUAUAGGUGGUCAUUUGGUUCGAGAUAAUGACCACCCUGACCACUCUAGCCGAGAACUGUCCAAGAUUCUGGCAAAGCUUGAACGCUUAAAACAACAGAAUGAAGACUUGAGGCGGAUGGCUGAAUCCCUCCGGAUACCAGAAGGUCCCAUUGAUCAGGGGCCAGCAACAGGAAGGGUACGUGUUUUAGAAGAGCAGCUUCUUAAGGCCAAAGAACAGAUUGAAAAUUACAAAAAACAAACCAGAAAUGGUCUGGGGAAAGAUCAUGAAAUCCUUAGAAGGAGAAUUGAAAAUGGAGCUAAAGAGCUCUGGUUUUUUCUACAGAGUGAAUUGAAGAAAUUAAAGACUCUAGAAGGGAAUGAACUCCAAAGACAUACAGAUGAAUUUCUUUCGGAUAUAGGGCAUCAUGAAAGGUCUAUAAUGACGGAUCUAUACUACCUCAGUCAAACAGAUGGAGCAGGUGAUUGGCGGGAAAAAGAGGCCAAAGAUCUCACAGAGUUGGUCCAGCGGAGAAUAACUUAUCUCCAGAAUCCCAAGGACUGCAGCAAAGCCAAGAAGCUGGUAUGUAACAUCAACAAAGGCUGUGGCUAUGGUUGUCAACUCCAUCAUGUAGUUUACUGCUUUAUGAUUGCAUAUGGCACCCAGCGGACACUCAUCCUGGAAUCCCAGAAUUGGCGCUAUGCUACUGGUGGAUGGGAGACUGUGUUUAGGCCUGUAAGUGAGACAUGCACGGACAGAACUGGCAUCACCACAGGACACUGGUCAGGUGAAGUAAAGGACAAAAAUGUUCAAGUGGUCGAACUCCCCAUUGUAGACAGUCUUCAUCCUCGUCCUCCCUAUUUACCCUUGGCUGUGCCAGAAGACCUCGCAGACCGACUCGUAAGAGUCCAUGGUGAUCCUGCAGUGUGGUGGGUGUCUCAGUUUGUCAAAUACUUGAUUCGCCCACAACCUUGGCUGGAAAAGGAAAUAGAAGAGGCCACCAAGAAGCUUGGCUUCAAACAUCCAGUUAUUGGAGUCCAUGUCAGACGCACAGACAAAGUGGGAACAGAAGCAGCCUUCCAUCCCAUUGAGGAGUACAUGGUACAUGUUGAAGAACAUUUUCAGCUUCUUGCACGCAGAAUGCAGGUGGAUAAGAAAAGAGUGUAUUUGGCCACUGAUGACCCUUCUUUAUUAAAGGAAGCAAAAACAAAGUACCCCAAUUAUGAAUUUAUCAGUGAUAAUUCUAUAUCUUGGUCAGCUGGACUACACAAUCGAUACACAGAAAAUUCACUUCGGGGUGUGAUCUUGGAUAUACAUUUUCUCUCUCAGGCAGACUUCUUAGUGUGCACUUUUUCAUCACAGGUCUGCCGAGUUGCUUAUGAAAUCAUGCAGACUUUGCAUCCUGAUGCCUCUGCAAACUUCCAUUCCUUAGAUGACAUCUACUAUUUUGGGGGCCAAAAUGCCCACAAUCAAAUUGCCAUUUACCCUCACCAACCUCGAACUGAAGAGGAAAUUCCCAUGGAACCUGGAGAUAUCAUUGGUGUGGCUGGAAAUCAUUGGGAUGGCUAUUCUAAAGGUGUCAACAGAAAACUGGGAAGAACAGGACUGUAUCCCUCCUACAAAGUCCGUGAGAAGAUAGAAACAGUCAAAUAUCCUACAUAUCCUGAGGCUGAAAAAUAAAGUUCAGGCGUAUGAUAUGGACAGCAAAACUCAGUUGGCAUCAUUUCUGCCAACCCUCAGAUGAAGAAGACUACUUGGGUAAAUGACAGAUACCCUUGGCAACAAGAGCAACUGGGAACUCUCAGCUGAUUUUUUGGUGGAAUUCCUCUUUACCAUGCCCUCAUGCCCAUGCACAGUACAGUAAUGUACUUGCAUAUAACAUGGAAACAGAUUAUUUUCUACUUUGCCCCUUCUUUAAAUAUUAUGUGCCCAUGAAACAAACACUGCCACAUUAUAUAAUUUAAGUGACACAGACAUUAUGCGUAAGACUUCAAACAUGGUGCCUAUAUCUGAGAGACCUGUGUGAUUCACUAAGAAGACAAGAAUGGCUCCCUCCCAUGGGAAAGUUCAUUCUUAGCCAGUGGUGGCAGUGUGACUACCGAAAUAACUCCAGACAACAGAUUCAGAAUGAGAAUGGAUUUUUUUUCCUUUAUAAGGUUGUCUAGAUUUUUUUAAAGUAAUUGCAUCAAUUCAGUUCUCAGUCUCAUCAUUAAUAAGUGAAGGAUACAUCAGAAAAUAAAAUAUUCACUUUCCAUUAGGAACUUUUGUAAAACGAUGCCAUGAACAAAUUCUUUAGUAUUCAAUGUUUCUGGACAUUCUCUUUGAUAACAAAAUAAAUUUUAAAAAGGAA